AAAACCCUAGCAAGCUUCCGCUUCCACCUCCACCUCCACCUCCACCUCCAAGCUUCCGUCUUUCGCUCCAGCCUCUCUUUCCGCAGCUCGCUUGAUCGUCGGCCGCGCUGAUCACCAUGUCGUCGAGCUUCGUGUUCGAAGCCCCCAGCGACGAAGAGCGUCCGGAGGACCCGGAGGACGACGACGAUGAGGAGGAGGACGCAGACGAGAAGACGCAGUCUCCCUGGGACUUCGCUGCCUACUCCGAGUCCGUCGCUGAGGAGCACGCCCGCCACAGCACCACCUCCGUCGACUUCAAGAUUUCCAAGGCCCUCCAGAAUCGCUCCCUCCCGGUUCUCCCCGACGACGUUAGCUCCGAUUCCCAACCCGACAUCCAGGAAGAUUACAGGUCAGACGAUGAGGACGAUGGCGGCAGCAAUGCCGUCGAAACCAAGCCCUUCUUUGACAAGGCUGAAGGAGCCUCCUUUCACGCCAAUUCCUUUAUGGAGCUCAAUCUAUCUCGCCCCCUUCUUAGGGCUUGCGAGGCGUUAGGGUACACCAAGCCCACGCCUAUUCAGGCUGCGUGCAUUCCCUUAGCAUUGACAGGCCGCGAUAUUUGUGCGAGUGCCAUCACUGGUUCUGGGAAGACAGCUGCAUUCGCUUUGCCUGCUUUGGAGAGGUUGCUGUUCCGACCCAAGAGAGUGAAAGCCAUAAGGGUUCUUAUACUUACUCCUACCCGGGAGUUGGCAGUUCAGGUUCAUAGCAUGAUAGAGAAACUUGCUCAAUUUACCGAUAUCAGAUGUUGCCUUAUUGUUGGUGGGCUUUCAACAAAGGUUCAAGAAGUGGCCUUGAGAUCAAUGCCAGAUAUUGUUGUAGCAACUCCAGGGCGCAUGAUAGAUCACUUGCGCAAUUCUAUGUCAGUGGACUUUGAAGAUCUUGCAGUUCUUAUUCUUGAUGAGGCAGAUCGUCUGCUGGAGCUUGGCUUUAGUGCUGAAAUUCAUGAGCUGGUCCGUCAAUGUCCUAAAAGGAGGCAGACGAUGUUAUUUUCAGCUACAAUGACUGAAGAAGUGGAUGAGCUUAUUCAGCUUUCUCUGGUCAAACCUUUGCGCCUUUCAGCUGACCCAUCAGCAAAACGGCCUGCCACAUUAACUGAGGAGGUGGUCAGGAUACGCCGGAUGCGCGAGUCAAAUCAGGAAGCGGUUCUGCUGGCCUUGUGUUCGAAAACUUUCACUUCCAAAGUCAUAAUCUUCAGUGGAACAAAGGAUGCUGCACAUAGGUUGAAGAUCAUAUUUGGUUUAGCUGGUUAUAAAGCUGCGGAACUUCAUGGAAAUCUUACUCAAGUGCAACGCCUUGAUGCAUUAGAGCUAUUCAGGAGGCAAGAAGUUGAUUUUCUGAUUGCGACUGAUGUAGCUGCCCGUGGGCUUGAUAUAAUUGGUGUCCAGACAGUUAUAAACUAUGCUUGUCCCCGUGAUCUUACCAGUUAUGUUCAUCGGGUUGGUAGAACAGCCAGAGCGGGUAGGGAAGGAUGUGCUGUCACUUUUGUGACUGACAAUGACCGGUCUUUACUGAAAGCAAUUGCUAAGAGAGCUGGUUCCAAGCUGAAGAGCCGAAUAGUUGCAGAGCAAUCAAUUAUUAAAUGGUCUCAGCUCAUUGAGGGGAUGGAACGUCAGGUAGCUGCCAUUUUUCGAGAAGAGAGGGAAGAAAGGGCCUUGAGAAAAGCUGAAAUGGAGGCCACCAAGGCGGAAAAUUUGAUUGCUCAUAAGGAUGACAUAUUUUCACGUCCUAAAAGAACAUGGUUUGUGACGGAAAAGGAGAAGAAACUUGCAGCAAAGGCAGCGAAGGCCUCUUCGGAGAAAGGAAAGAGUUCUGCAGAUGUGGUAAUCAGUGCCCAACAAGCUGAAGACCUUAAAAUGAAAGAGAAAAGAAAGCGAGAACGUGAGAAAAAUCUACCUCGUAAAAAGCGUCGAAGAUUGGAAGCAGCUAGAGAAAUGUUGGAGGACGAGAAUCAGACUGACAAGUUGGAGGGUGAUGGAACUGGUAAAAAGGAGAAAUCUGGAUUAUCACUUGUUGAUGUGGCAUACCGUCGGGCAAAAGCAGCAAAGUCAGUGAAGAAGGCUCUGGAUGCUGGUAAAAUUGUCAGAAAACCAAGCAAAAAAGCAAAACGAACUUCUGAAAGAACUCCAUCUAGAGCGGAAGAGAUGAAGGAACUUUUUGAGAGUGAUAUGAGUGAACGAAAACUCAAAAAGAGAGGUGCUCUAGCUGGAAAGAAGAAGUCCAAAUUUAAAAGCAAGUCAAGGUACAAGCGGAGGUAGCAGAGGACACUCAGCACCAUGAAUGUUAUAAGCUAGCGAAAAGCGAGACUUUGCUUCCUAAUCAUCGUGUGCCUUCUCAAAAUCGAAAUCUUCCUGUAGACUGGAGAGGGAGAGGAUGGUUAAAGAACAAUCUAGGUGUUGUAUUCACAAUUUGGUGUAGCGGAUCAAUGGACAUGCUCCCAGUUCGGAGUGGAGGAAUUGUUGCUUGCAUUGAGGCUGAUUGUUUCUUCUGUUCUUUUUAAUUAACUGGGAGGACGAAAAUCCAGAUGAGUGCUUAUGUUCUUCUUUUCCUCGUUUUUUCGGGUUCACAAUAGAACAAUAUGAAAUCUUUGAGGGCCGAGCUAAUCCCAAGCAGGCAUGAACAGAAGCACGUGGAUCCAUGCGUGUGGAAUUAGCGCUUAGCUAGAAAGGGUUAGUGCAAUGAUUCCAACCCUGACCUGCGAGAAGACCCCUUCUUCACCUAGAGCAUAAUCCAGGGUUAUUCCUCGUAGAUGUAUGAUUCACGUUACACCGAAAUGCAUUCGGUUUCUUUUUUAUUUCUAGCUUAGCCUUGUAAAGCAAUAAGAAUUUUGUGCAUUUCAGCUCA